AUGCCUCUUCCUACCGACGAACACGUCUUGGAGACUAGCCAAGGAUUGGUCAAUACGCUCCAUGAUAUCUUUGGCCCUCACCCUGGGUACAGACCUGCACAUGCGAAGGGAAUUCUCCUCAAAGGAACCUUCACCCCAAGCAUUGAGGCGGGUAAGCUGUCCGUAGCACCGCACCUCAAUCAACCGUCCACACCGGUCGUCGCUCGGUUCUCAAAUUCCACUGGGCUGCCCAACAUCCCAGAUAACUCCUCCAAUGCCGACCCUCGAGGCUUCGCGCUCCGGUUCCAACUGGCCACACAGCCCCGGCGGGUGCACACAGAUAUCAUAGCCCACAGCGUGGAUGCCUUCCCGGGCUCCAACGGUGACGAGGCACUUUCUUUCUUCAAGGCGCUGAAAGAUGGCACAGUCGAAUCAUUCCUCGCGACGCACCCCAAGGCGCUAGCCUUCGUGCAGGCGCCCAAGCCGGCCCCGGAGAGCUUCGCUAAUGAGCAGUUUUUUGGAGUCAAUGCCUUCAAACUGAUCGACUCGGACGGAAAUGAAACAUUCGUGCGGUACAGGAUCGUGCCGAACGCUGGGGUCAAAACACUGAGCGAGGAGGAAUUGAGCGGGAGGGAUGAGAAUUACUUGUUCGACGAGGUGCCGAAGCUGGUCAAGGCUGGGCCGGUGGUAUUCCACUUGACGGCGCAGGUCGCCCAGGAGGGAGACGUUACACACGACGCAUGUGUGCACUGGCCCGAGGAUAGGAGUGUGGUUGAUCUGGGCGUGAUUUCCCUUGAUGCGCUUGUGGACGGCGACACUGCUGAACAGAAGCAUAUCAUCUUUGAUCCUGUUCCAAGGGACAUUCCUGGACUCGAGCCAUCCGCCGACCCCUUGCUGGAGGUCAGGGCAGGGGUUUACCUGAUCAGUGGCCGAGAGCGUCGCGCUGCUUGA